AUGUCCGAAGCAGCCACAAGGCCUCCCGCCAAACCCAUCCGUCCUAGCAGUCCUCUUCGCUCGACAGCAAAGCAUCAUCUCGAACCCAACCCCUUCGAAAAGUCGUUCAGCUCCGGCUCUUCUGAAUCUGUCGAGCGUCGUAGCGACUUGAAAGGCUCCGACCCAAAGCCUAGCCUCAGCACUCCUACUCUCUCCACUCGUCCCGGUGCAGCCUACCGAGAUCGCAGCUUCUCCCAAAACAAGUCGCACUCCUCUCCCUCUUCGGCCGGCAACAACAUCCAAGAAUCCGGCUCAACACCAAAGCCACUCCUGCCACCCCUCGCCUCCAUCACUUCCCCCGCUGGCGAGACCCACCCAUACCCCUGGUCUGCCGCUCUCACUAGCUCGCUCCGAUCAGGUCCACUUUCACCAGCCAUGCUCGCCGGUCCACAGAGCUCUCACUUUGACCCCAACAGCUUCCGUACCGGCUUCACUCCAGACCUUUCCAACUUCAAGACUGGACUCACUCCACUCGGUGGAGGCAUCUCUUUCCCUCCUCCCUCCCCCAACACUGCAGCAUUCCUCGCUGCUAUGGUCAACAACACUUCUACUCCUUCCACCUCGGCUGCUACCAUCACCCCCAACACUCUUUCCACUUUGACCAACGCCGCAAAUGCUGCCUCAGCAGCGCCAUCCAUCGACCCUGCCAGUGCUGCCGGACCAGGAGCUGGCUCCGCUUUGUCAACCCAACCCCAGAACUUUGCCGGCAGACCCACGGAUGCACACAACGCUUUCGACCUCGCUUUCAGCCGUUCCUUCCCCCAUGCCAAGCCGCCACAGCAGAGUGGUUCCAAACUCAAAGCCCAAGUGAAAGCUGAUUCCCAUCGAAACAUCAGUCCAGAGAUGAUGCAAAAGCCUUUGCAAGCCGCCAAUGGCGAUCAACAGAAUGCUGCCUCGGGCUUGUUCUUGUUGAGUCGAGCACAUGACGAGAUUUCCAAGCGAGAUGCUGGCCACUCGGCCACUCGGCUCUACGAGUCCAAGCCUGCUAACGGCAAAAAGGGUGGUGCUGCUGGCAAAAAAGGUGAUGACAAGCCCAACGGCAAUAAGCGAAAGAAGGCCAAUUCCACCGAGGAUAAUACUCCCGCCAACGCUAACGGUGGUGGUGGUGGUGGUGGUGGUGGUGCUGAUGCUGGUGCUCCUAUUUCGAUCAACGCUCCGCCGGCUAAAGUGGCAAAGACGGCUAAAGGUGGCAAGAAGGCUUCCAACGCCAACGCUGCUGCUUCUGCGCCCAACAACAAGGCGGCAGCAGCAGGAACAGGGAAGGAUGCAAAUGCAAAUGCAGAUGCAAAUGCAAAUGUAAAUGUAAAUGCAAAUGCACACGCUGCUUUCGACGCUGGUCCAUCCUACAAGUCUGAAAACGGCGAUGACGAUGACCAACAUUGGGACAGCGACGAUGACGGAGACGGUAAAGGCGAACGUGGUAAUAUGGACGAGAAACGUAAGAACUUCCUCGAACGUAACCGACAAGCGGCACUCAAAUGCCGUCAACGUAAAAAAGCAUGGCUUGCAUCCCUCCAAGCCAAAGUGGAAUAUCUCCAAAAUGACAACGAAAACCUGCAAAACACGGUCAGCGCUCUACGCAACGAAAACAUGUUUCUCAAAUCUCAACUGGUCCAAGCGACGGGAGGACAAGCAUUACCAGCAAUGCCAAUGGCGAUGCCCAUGGCGAUGCCAAUGGCGCCGCAUCCCGCUGGACCGCAUGCAGUCGAUCCGCACCAUUCCAUGGGUCCGGCUGGCAUGGGCAUUCCUGCUUCCAUGGCUCCUCAUCCUGCGUAUAUGCAUCCUCAAGCUGCCGGCCCACCAGUGUCGCAAGGUCCUCCCGGUGCUUAUGCUUCAGCGCAUGCUAGAGGGCCCAUCGGACCUGCCUUCUCCACUGACCAUAUGCAACAGCAGCAGCAGCAGCAGCAGCAACGGCCGGGGCAAGGUAGACCAAGAUCAGAAGCCGAUGGCUUGGAUCCCACCCAACAACAACCUCACCGAGUGGCAGGCGAGGCAGGUAUGAGACAUGAAAGAGAGUGGAGUUCAGCUUCGGAUGUUGUUUCCAAGGCGAACAGUGCUUCUGCUGCUACGAUCAAGGUCUAA